AUGUAUCCUUUGCAGUUCAGUCCUCACGCCGCAGGCCAUGAGACACCGGGGGAUGACGGUGAUGAAGAAGAGGUGGAGUAUCUGCCGACACCGCCAUUGGCCCCAGAGACCGUGGAAGAACGAGACGCCCGAGAAGCCACCUGCCUGCGCGAUUCGCAGGACCUUGUCGUCCUCGCCGGCAGGGCCGCCUACCAGAUGCCCAAUCUGGAGACCAUGGAGAUCUGGCAGACGUGCACAGAGCAUGCGAGCAUCUUCCGAUACGAGGCGCAUCCCAGCCCAACUGUGACGUUUUUGGGCCACGUCAAUAUGAGGGAUAUGUGGACACGGAGAGCCCAGGCCGCCUGGAAAAAGGUGGCAGAGGCAGGCAAAAGCAAUGUGAAGUCGCUGGCCGUCCGGUUUGAGCAGCUACCUGGGCUGUCGCGGAAUCUCCGCGGCAGUUUCUGCAUCUACAGCACCAUCGACAGCCUCAAGUUGCGCGACCUCGUCAUCGACCCGGUAUCCCAGUAUGCCGCCCGAUGGGAAGAGUGCCCGGUGGACAGGAGCGUCACGCGCAUGAUGCUCGGGUACACAUGA